AUAAAAUUUGAAAUUGAUCGUUUAAUUCUGAAAAGUAAAAACAUUUCAUGAUGCUCAUGAUAACUCUACUAUUAUGUUGAAACUACAACCAUCAUGAUCUAAUGUUGUCAUAAAUAUUGUUUGGAGAAGAAUGUAUUUAGUAAACAUCAUGCGAUCGUGCCAUUCUAUAAAGGAAUUAAGUGGAACAACAAUUGUUCAACUUUUCCGUAGUGAUAAGGACAAUCUCAGAUACUAGAUUGAUAAAUCUUAACAAUGUGAACAAAAUGGCUGAGAAAGAAGGUUUGAUAUCGCGUAUUGAUGGAACUAUCAUGUUCUCUAUCACAACAGAGGCAUCAGCAGCUGUUAUUACAUUAGAUCCAUGGGAUAAACUUUUAAUCAUCGCCAGCGCUGGGCUAUUUCUGUUGUUUGUACUCGUCUGUAUCAUGUGUGUCUUGUCUCCAUUCUGUUGGCUGUACCACUACUGUCCAUUCCAGACUCAUGCACCAGUCAAAGGUCAUGAUCCAGCGCAAGGAUAUGGAUCAACUUCCACUGGAAGUCAAAGUCCUCCAUCUGAGUGCAUGCCGUUAUCGCCACGCAUGCGUGUUGGAUCCGUGAAAGAAUCGUCAGAAUUUUCUGACUCUAGUGGUCCUAGCAUGAUAGAAAUGAAAAGGGCACAAUGGAAAGACGGUUUAAUGCAGAAGAGAAGUUUAAGUGUUCCCAAUGUCGACUCCAUGGACCAUAAAGUAACGUUACUGAAGGGGAGUCUGGAUUUUACCAUGAAAUAUGAUAAAAAUGAACGUAAACUUAUAGUAAACAUUUUAAAAGUAACCGAAAUGAUCUUGAGUGACACAGCAGCAGUGAUUUCCCCUUAUGUGCGCGUGCGCUUUUACAGGGUUCCAUAUCAAUUCUUUAGUCUCAGCAAGGAUCACGUGAUAAAUAAUUUACAUAUUGAAAUUCGAACUAAAAUGAAGAAACAUAAUGACAAUCCGACAUUUAAUGAACUUUUUGUGAUUCCAAUAGAUAAAGACGACUUAAAAUUAUAUACCGUAAAAAUACAACUAUGUGACCUAGAUAAAUAUUCCCGCCAUAUUGUUCUCGGUGAGGCAACGUUUACACUAAAGAAACUUAAUCUGGCGGAAAACGAAGAAGCAGAAUGCUCUGAAAAUCUACAACCUCCUAUAGAUGAAGAUAUAGGAGAUGUCUCUAUAGGACUUAAUUAUCUACCAACGGCAGAAAAGUUGUAUCUGACUAUUGUAAAAAUCCGUGGACUUCGACCGAUGAAUAAACAAGAUAAUACAACCGAUGCAUACGCCAGGGUCGCUUUAAUGUUCGAUGGUAGACAUCUUAAGAAAAGUAAAACAAUUAUCAAAAAAGGAGAUCUCAAUCCUGAAUUUGAUGAAACAUUUGCAUUCGAUGUACCAAGUCAGAAGCUUGGGAGCGUUUAUUUCCGAGUGUCAUUACUACACGCCGGAAAGACUAAGGAAGAGCAUAGACUAUUAGGUCGAGUUUAUAUUGGGCCGAAUUUAGAUGCUGAUUCUCAUGCACACUGGAUGGAAAUGAUUCAGUUGCCAAGGAAACAAGUUACAGCUUGGCACAAAAUCCAAGGAUAAGUCAAGGUCACAUCUUCGAUCCAAUAACAAAAAUGUAACGUAGAAUUUUUUGUUUACGAAAUCUAAUUAGCAGGAAGAGUGCGCUGAUUAAAAAACUAAAAUAUCAUAAAACAAAUCAUUAUGAUUAAUUGUAGAGGUGUAGAGAUGAAAUUAUAUUAUAUAUACUGUUGAUUCAGAAAUUAUUGCGAUGUUUUUAUUAUAUUGCAAAAAAAUGCGACAGUGUUAUAAUCGCAAUAAUUUAUAUUCGCAUUUUGAAUUUGACAGAGUAACAAGUGUAGUUUCAAAUUUCUUAAUGUCAUAUAUAUCAAAAAUGAACAACCGGUAAACUUCUUCGAAUUACAUUAAAUGAGAGGAGUAGGUCCGGUAAGGGCCGAUUUUAGCCUCAAAUUUCAGGUUCAUCUAACAAAGAUUUUGGACACUUAUCAAACUUUUUUUAGAAGUGUCUACUUCAAUUGAUUCAAUUAGUUUAUGUGAAAGAUUUAAACUCAACUUGUCAUUAAAAACGCUCCGAAUCAAGCUUAAAUAUGAAAAUUCUGUCAAAUAUGCAAAAAAACCCGUCACUUUUCAGAUGUUUUUUUGUCUUAAAUGAAAGUGGCCGCUAUGUGU